AUGUACGACAAGGCAACGAACUAUUGGUCUAAACCGCACCACAUAGUCGAAGUCUUCUAUAGCGAAUGGCCUAGGUCUAAUUUCAGUGACAUUGUGGAUGACAUUGUGGACAUUGUGGAUGACAUUGUGGAUGACAUUGUGGACAUUGUGGAUGACAUUGUGGAUGACAUUGUGGACAUUGUGGAUGACAUUGUGGAUGACAUUGUGGAUGACAUUGUGGAUGACAUUGUGGAUGACAUUGUGGAUAUUGUGGAUGACAUUGUGGAUGACAUUGUGGAUGACAUUGUGGAUGACAUUGUGGAUGACAUUGUGGAUAUUAUGGAUAUUGUGGAUGACAUUGUUGAUGACAUUGUGGAUGACACUGUGGAUGACAUUGUGGAUGACAUUGUGGAUGACAUUGUGGAUGGCAUUGUGGAUAUUGUGGAUGACAUUGUGGAUGGCAUUGUGGAUGACAUUGUGGAUAUUGUGGAUGACAUUGUGGAUGACAUUGUGGAUGACAUUGUGGAUACAAUGACAUUAUGGAUGACAUUGUUUAUGACAUUAUGGAUGACAUUUUGGAUGACAUUGCGGAUGGCAUUGUGGAUGACAUUGUGGAUGACAUUGUGGAUGGCAUUAAGUCUAAAAUAG